CGACGAUGGCCUCUAUUUCUACAUGGUAUCACAACCAGUAUUCAACUUGGAACAGGACUCGAAGGCUGCACGCUCCUACUUUCCUGGCUCGCACGGACACCAAUGCCUCCAGGACAGCAGCAGCAAUGGCACGAACGGGCACUCAAGAACCGGUCGUCAUCAACAUGGGUGAAAUGAACGAUACCACUAAUAAGGAAAACAAGAAACAGGACACCCUCUUCGGGCCCAGCAUCGGCGUCAUCAAUAGUGGUCCAAAAUGGACGCAGUCCUGCGAUAAGAAAGCUGCAGAUCAGCUGUCUCCUGAAAUUGUCAAAAGUUGGAUGACAAAAGUCAAAGAGGCUUCUCAACCGACGACGACAUUACAGGCGUUGGUCAAUCUGAAACGUCCCACUCUCCGCCUUUCUCCGCUCGCAAUGUCAUCCACCGACGACUCAAACCACGAUGAUUCACACCAUCAUCAUGGACUUGAAUUCGAAUACGAUUGCGAUGCACCAAAAUGUGGGAUAUAUGUGCACGUAAUUCUACCAUCAGACCACCCGCUUGUUGAAAACCACGACAGUUCCGGUUUGUCUCGCAUCCUUAUUUUUGAAACUACCGUCGAGGGGGGAUUCGGCAAAAUUCUCAAACUGGAAGAAGGUGCUACAUUGGAGCUGGGAAGAUUUGAGCAGCGUUCCCAUCAGCCAACUCCUGUAGAGGAUGUCAUUCCCACCAGUAAGGCCCCAUCCGAAAUAGCUGCUGAGCCUGCUGGCGAGAAUGAACACUCGGAGGGCAACACACGUAAUGAUCACGGGAGAAGACGUUUCGCACCCUUUCACUUUCGCAAGCGAACUCAUGACAGGGCUAUAUCAGGUCCCGCCUUAGCUGUCGUUGAUGCAGAAGUAUCUUCAGCAGAAGAGGAUGGCAAGGAUAAGGAAUCCAAGGAGGACUCCGACGAGGGGGUUAGGGUCACCAUUCGGCUCGUCGCAUUGGAUGAAGAUGGUUUCGGCUUGUCUUCUCCGAAUGAGCAAAUCACCUAUAUUCAUGUUGUUCGCUUGGGUGCUGGGCCUGUGGACGAGGAAGAAGAUCAUAGGCCUUGGGUGGUCAGAGUAGUGAAGCGAGAGGCAAAGAUUGGCCCACAUAUAUUCCAUCUUCACGAGAUAUAUGGUCUUUCAUCGCAGUCUACUGCGUCAUCUCAGCCUCAAGCUGCUUCUCCCACCUCAACUCAAACUCAUACUUACCCACCUACAGCUCCCCCUUCUGUCCCUCUGCAGGAUGAUGAGCCCUCCUCCGAGUGUCUGCUUUGCCUUUCGUCUCCCCGUGAAGUCAUCCUUCUUCCUUGCCGCCAUCUGGUUGCAUGUAAGGAAUGUGCUAUCAACAUGGUGGAAUUUGGCGCCGGAGGUAAUAUUGUGCAUGCAGAAGAUACUGCGGCAGCUGCUUCCGGUGGGACAGAUGGAAAUACUGCCGAUGCUACCGCUGGCGGAGAUAGCGCACCUCCCUCGAUAUUACCCACUACCAACCAAAACAGGAGAAAACGCAAGGCCAAGGGUUGGUUCUGUCCUGUUUGUCGUCAACCUUAUACAUCUUUACUUCGCAUCUCCACUACGCCUCCAGCUAAAGAGAUGCUAGAUGGUGGUCAUAAUGGUUCUGCUUCAUUGGACGAGUCCGAGGAGGCUACGAGUGACCAGGAGCCCGAUGAGGCAGAUAUCGCCACGGCGACUGCUACUUCUGGCGGUAUGCUGAAUACUCUUCGCUCAGGCAUUCUCCGAAACAUCUCGCUAAGUGCAGGUAGAGGGGAUAAUCCGUCUGCGAACGAAUCCGCAACGUCUGCCACGCCUACAUUGCCCCGUGAUGUUGAGCGUGGCCUUGAGCCUACAGCAGCGGCUUAGAGCAGUGCCGAGUAUUUUUUUUUGGGACGGUCUUCUCUCCUCGUAUUUCCGACAAAGGCUCAAUUGUUUCACCGUGUAAUAAUAGGGUCAUGAGCCUUUUGUCUGUAGAUUAGCGUGAAAUGCCCGCUAUUAGGUUCAAGUGAGGUUUGCUCUUUUCUUUUUUUUUAGCUGCUCAUUCAUUAUUACCGAGACUUGUAUGUAGUAUGUAUGUUUACUGACACUUUACCAAUCCCUCGGACUUGACUGUAAUGUCAACUAUCUUUGAUUUUCAUUGGAGGAUACAAUAUCAAGUUUAUGGACAAAAUAAUUUGAUCA